ACAUGUUAGGAUUAACUCUUUUGAACAGUGUAAUAUUGACUGCAAGUAAGAAUUAUUUGGAUGGAAAGAGAAGAAGACUUGGUCAUCACUAAUUUUAUCUUCCUUUUCUUUUUUUUUUUUCUUUUUUUUUUUUUUAAUUUGUUUAUUUAUGUAACAAGAGAAUUAUUUCCCUACUUUACCCAAUCUAAUGAAAUAUAAAAAUGGAAAAAGAAAAAAGGUAAAUGGCUGGGAAGUUUGAGGCAUGGUUUAGCUCUGUUGAUAUAAGGUGUGGAAAAUUUAAUCGGAAGUGGGUGAUAUGUGUAGUAGUUGGAGAAUUACUUACUUUGAAAAUAAAAAAUAAAAACCUAACCAUGAAGACAUUGGGACAUCCUACUAUCUAUAAAUAGCCACCUUUGCCAUGCUAGAAUUUUCAUCUCUCAGCCAACCAAUUCACUCCAAAUAAAGAGUGUGAUUGCUUAAUUAACCAUGACUAAGAUGGGCAUUCACUUCUUUGUAGCCACCACAACCAUCUUGGCCCUUGCAUUCUCACUUGCCUAUGCAUUUGACCCAAGCCCUCUCCAGGACUUCUGUGUUGCUAUUAAUGAUAUGAAGUCUGCAGUGUUUGUGAAUGGGAAGUUUUGCAAGGACCCAAAGCUUGCUAAAGCAGAAGAUUUCUUUUUUAAAGGUCUUAAUAUUCCUGGAAACACAAAUAAUAAAGUUGGAUCGAAUGUGACAACUGUGAAUGUUGAUACACUACCAGGACUUAACACUUUGGGUGUAUCCUUAGUCCGCAUUGACUAUGCACCUAAGGGUCUCAACCCACCGCACACGCACCCACGUGCAACUGAAGUACUCGCCGUGCUUGAGGGUACCCUCUACGUUGGGUUCGUCACCUCCAAUCCUAACAACACUCUCUUCACUAAGGUCUUAUAUCCUGGAGAUGUUUUUGUGUUCCCAAUUGGUCUCAUUCACUUCCAAUUCAAUGUUGGAAAGACUAAUGCAGUAGCUUUUGCCGGGCUGAGCAGCCAAAACCCGGGAGUCAUCACCAUUGCAAACGCAGUCUUUGGAUCGAAACCACCCAUUUCUCCUGAUGUUCUAACCAAGGCUUUCCAACUGGACAAGAAAGUAAUUGAGUAUCUUCAAGCCCAGUUCUGGGUUGACAACAGUUAG